AUGGGUAACAGCGCAUGCACACCUUGCGUAGAUGUUUGCGGAGAGGAAUAUGUACCUGAUGUAACUGACACUCCGGCCAUCAUAGAAUUGAAAAGUGGAAGGGAAACAUCAAACUGUGACAUUGAUUCAAAAUUACUGCAUAAAAAAUCCAAUGAAAUUGUUCUUAUUUUCGCCAAUGACUGUUCCGUACCAGGGAGGCUCCAGCUCGAUAUACAAAAGAAAGUGCUAAUCAUAGACGUUCACGACAAAAUUCACCAUCUGCACUUGAAUGAGAUUUCUCAUGUUGUAAACAAGCAAUCGGAGAAUACUCUUCAACAACAUGAAAAGAGGUUGCUUGACGAUCCCACAAUUGUAGUAUUAUCAUUAUUGCCUAGUACUAAGGCACUGGCCAUUGCCUUUCCGUGUGAAAGUGAAGCUAAGGCAUUUACCAAAUUUAUUAAUGAUGCAAAAAGGUCGUAG